AUGGCCGGUCGCGGAAUCGCGCUGACGAAGCCGGCAUGGAUGAAGGAGCAGGAGGAGAAGGCUAAAGCAGAAGCGGCCCGAGCAGCAGCCGUCGCCGCCUCCAAGGCCGGCACAGCAGGCGGAGGCGACGACACCGACAGCAGCGACGAAGAGGAGGAGGACGAAGCGACUCGACUCGCGAAGAAGCCCAUCGGACCGGUCUGCCCGGCCAAGUGCUCCGCCGCGGGAUCCGGCGUCGGGGGCGGAUCGGCGGGUGCGCCCGUGUCCUUCGUUAUAGUCCUGAAAGACGAGGACGGGCGGCGGAUCUUAGCGGGCGGCGCGAAGGUAACGGUGAAGGUGACACCUAAGGCGGGCGUGCCUGGGCAGGAGCAGAUCGCAGCGAUCAAGGACCACGGCGACGGGUCGUACACGGCGACUUACACCGUACAGCACCGAGGAGAUUACACGGUCAACGCGGAGGUCAACGGCAGUCCCAUCAUGGGCAGCCCGUUCCCGGUUUUCUUCAGCGCCGCUACAGCCGGUCAACCGGCGUCAACGCCGCUUCCGGUGGCGGUCAACGCGGCGCCGGCGCCUCCGCUGAUGCCGACGCCGCAACUGCCGACGCCGCAGAUGCCGGCGCCGGGCAUGCAUAACCCGUUGAUGGCGGCGGCGCUGCAGUUCCGCGGGCUGCUCCCGACCAUGGGAGGAAUGCCCUUUACCAGCCCGUACCCCGGCAUGGCUGGUGGCGUGCUUCCCGGAACCGCGGCGAUGGACGAUGACGAGUUGGAGCGAACGAUGCACGUCACCAACGUCAGCGCGAUCCUCACGCCCGAGCAGCUUCGCCAGCUCUUCGCCUUCUGUGGCACGGUUACCCGCUGCGAAUUUCUCAACGACAAGAAAACCGUCGCACACGUGCGAUUCGCGAAAGCUGACGAGGCGAAAGCGGCGCUCGCGCUGAACAACAUGGCGGUCGGCGACAAGCAACUCAAAGUCGAACUCGCGAAAACCGCGAAAGCCACGCGACAGGCCGUCCUCUCCGCGCUCGCUCCGCCCGCCCCCGCCCCCGCGCCCACCCCCGCUCCCGCCGCCUCCGCGCCCGUUGCGCCUGCGACGACCGCUGCGACGUCGCAGAUGGCGAUGCAGCAGGCCGUCGCAAUGCCGUUCAUGCAGUUUCAGCAGGCGCUUGCUAUGCAGCAGGCGCUGGCGCAGCAGGUGCGCAGCUCCGAGGCUAAGACCAAGGCGGAACUCGCCGCCAAGCGCGCCAAGGAGAUCAGCCGCGCGAUUGCGGCGGGCGGCGCAGGGAAGGACGACGGGAAGGACAAGGAUGGGAAGGAGGGAAACGGGAAGGGGAAGGACGGGAGCGGGUCUGACAGGUCCCGCUCGUCGUCGCGCUCGCGGUCGCGCUCCCCAUCCCGGCGCGACCGCCACCGCGGGCGGUCCCGGUCCCGCUCCCCGCGCUACCGCGGACGGUCGCGAUCGCGCGACCGAGAUCGACGGCCUCGAAGCAGGAGUCGCGAUCGUGGGUACGGAUGGCGGGAGCGCGGGCAUAAUCACUCUUAUAAGUACAGCCGCACUAGGGACUGGGAGGCUGAGGAGAAGGAGAGGGAGAGGGAGAGAGAGCGGGAGAGGGAGAGGAAGAUUGAGAGGGAUAGGCAGAGGGAGAAGGAGAGGGAGUUACAGCGGGCGCGAGAGAGGGAACGCGAGAGGGAAAGAGAGAGGGAGAGGGCGAGAGAGAGGGAGAAAGAGAAGGAGAGAGAGAGGGAGAGGGCGCGGGAGCGUGAGAAGGAGAGGGAGAGGGAAAGGGCGAGGGAGCGUGGGCGGGACAAGGGUAGAGAGAAGGAGAGGGACAGAGAGGAUGACGACGAGAGAUACGAGGGGAGGCGCGGCAGAGGGAGGAUUGAGGAAGAGGAUAGGUACAAGGGGAGGUAUGAAUCUGAUGAGGAGGAUGAGGAGGAGGAGAGGGUUGAGAGGAAGAAAGGCCACGGGCGGGACGAGCCGGAUUCGGAAGAGGAGAGUGAGGAGCGAGAGGAGGCCAGGCGGAAGGAAGCUGCGAGGAAGGCGAGGGGUAGGGGCGCGAGUGACGAGAGUGAGGAGGACGAGGAGGAGGAUGAGGAGGAGAGGGGGAAGGGGAAGGGUGGGCGGAAGGAGGCGGAGCGGAGGGAGAAGGAGCUGAGAGAGAAGCUGCUUCGUGACAAGCUGGAGAGGCAGAGGCGCGAGGCGGAGCGGCGGAGAGGCGCGAAGGAGGAGGAUGAUGAAGAUGAGGAGGAGGAAGAGAGGAAGGAAAAGAAGGGCGAGCGGGUUGCGAGGAAGGGAGGGCGGGACGAGGAGGACGAGAGUGAUCACUCGGAUGGGGAAAAGCGAGCUAAGGAGGAGGAGGAUGAGGAGGAUAGUGACCGCUCUGAAGGAGAGGGAGGGAGGUUGAAGACGAAGAAAGUGGAAGAGGAUGAAGAGGAGGAGGAGAGGCGCAGUGGUAGCGAGGAGAAGCGUGAGAAGGACGAGGAGGAGGAAAGCGAGGAGGCGGCGAAAGAUGCUAGGUUGCGGCGUGCAGGGAGUGAGGGUGAGGGAGAGAGCGAGAGUGAAAUAGAGAGGGCCAAGAAGAUGGAGGUUGAUGCAGAGAAGGAGAAGGAUGAGAGUGAAGAGGAGAAGGAAAUUGAGAGGAAGAAGGGAGGGGAUGAGAGUGAGGAAGAGAAGGAAAAAGAGGAGAAGGAGACGGAUGAUAUUGAAGAAGAGAGGGAAAUGGAGAGGAAGGGAAGGGUUGAAAGUGAUGAGGAGGAGAAAGAGGUUCAGAGGGAGAAGGCGAAGGAGAGAGGGGGGGAUGAGAGUGACGAGGAGAAGGUGAUUGAGAAUGGGAGCAGAGGAGGAUCGGAGGACGAGGCAGCCGUGAAGGAGGGAGGAGACGGGGAGGAGGAGGAGGAGGAGGAGGAGGAGGAGGAUGAGAAGGAGAGGAAGAGCAGGAAGAAAGAGAGUGAACGGCACAAGGAGAAGAAGAGGAAGCACCGCCGGAGGAAGAACCGUGAUGAUGACGAGGAGAGUGAGGAGGACGAGGAGGAGCGGCGUCACAGGCGCAGCAGGAGGAGCAAGAAGAGCCACAAGCGCCGGCGCAGCCGCCAUGACGACGACGAGGAUGAGGAAGGCGAGGGGAGGAAGGAUAGGUCGUCUGAUGAGGAAGAGAGGGAUGAUAGAGACAGGAAGGAGAAAGGUCGUGGGGGAAGGCGGAAGGAGAGAGGGUCUGAUGAUGAUGAUGAGGAGGAGGAGAAGGGUGGAAGGCGGAGCAGCAGGAAGAGGUCGGGGCGAGAUGAGUCUGAUGAGGAGAAGGGGCGGUCUUCUAGGGAUAAGAAGCACCACAGCCGCAGCCAUCGCUCCAGGCGUCGCUCGCCUUCCCUCUCUCCUGCCCGUGGCAAGGACAGUCGCCGCCCGGCCUCCGAUGACGACUCUCCUUCUCGCAGCGACUGA